AUGGCUAAGAUGAUGGUGCUUGCGGUUUUAAUGUUUGUUGUUUUCAUAAAUAUUUCAAGUGUUCCAUCAUCUUCAGCUGCUCGGUUAUUAGGGAACAAUAAUAAAACCAACAUAUCCAAUAUAGGAAAUAAGGUUAAGAGUUAUAUGUUACAAAAUGGACUUGGUCACACACCUCCCAUGGGAUGGAAUAGUUGGAACCAUUUUGGCUGUGAUAUUAAUGAAAGUUUAAUCCGAGAUACAGCUGAUGCAAUGGUGUCAACUGGUCUUGCUGCUUUGGGGUACAAAUAUAUUAAUUUAGAUGAUUGUUGGGCAGAACUUAAUCGAGACUCAAAGGGAAAUAUGGUUCCCAAGGCAUCAACAUUUCCUUCAGGAAUCAAAGCUCUAGCUCAUUAUGUUCAUAGGAGAGGCUUGAAGUUGGGAAUUUAUUCAGAUGCUGGAAAUUUUACUUGUAGUAAACGUAUGCCUGGAUCGCUUGGCCAUGAAAUACAAGAUGCCAAAACAUUUGCUUCUUGGGGAGUAGACUAUUUGAAGUAUGAUAAUUGUGAAAAUAAUGGUAUAAGUGUUAGAGAAAGGUACCCGCCAAUGAGUGAAGCCUUGUUAAAAUCUGGAAGGCCAAUUUUCUUCUCUAUGUGUGAAUGGGGAUGGGAAGAUCCAGCAACAUGGGCAAAAAGUGUAGGAAAUAGUUGGAGAACAACAGGAGAUAUUGAAGAUAAUUGGAAUAGCAUGACUACUAUAAUAGAUGCAAAUGACAAAUGGGCAUCUUAUGCUGGACCAGGAGCAUGGAAUGAUCCUGAUAUGCUCGAAGUUGGAAAUGGAGGCAUGACUACAGAGGAAUAUCGUGCACAUUUCAGCAUUUGGGCAUUAGCUAAGGCUCCUUUAUUAGUUGGUUGUGAUAUUCAAGCAAUGGAUAAUACAACAUAUGAAUUGAUAACCAACUCUGAAGUUAUUGCAGUAAACCAAGACAAACUUGGAGUUCAAGGAAAGAAAGUCAAAAGCAACAAUGAUUUAGAGGUGUGGGCAGGUCCUCUAAGUAAAAAUAAAUUAGCAGUAGUCUUAUGGAAUAGAAGUUCAUCAAAUGCAACAGUGACUGCAUCCUGGUCUGACAUAGGCUUGGAACCAAACACUAUAGUUGAUGCAAGAGAUUUAUGGGAGCACUCAACACAAUCAUUGGUUUCGGGUGAAAUCUCUGUUGAGUUAGAUUCACAUGCUUGUAAGAUGUAUGUUCUAACACGUAAAAAGAUUUAAACUCGGGUGCAAAAGAAGAAAAUAAACAAGCGCCGUCAGUUCUUGACUCGUACUAUGUUGGCAAAUCAAUCACUUGUUUAUUGCGAAUAAAGGGGAGGGACAAAUAAAGAAAUAUGUUAAACUAUUUCAUCUUGAAAUGUAAGAAUAAAUGUACAAGUCAUGUUGUCAAUGAGCUUCUAAAUGUAUUUGCAGUUAGAUGCAAUGUGAUCCAUU